AUGGGUUCAAUCGACAUCAACAAUAUGAACAAACUUUACCAAUAUUCCACUAUAAGUGCCUUCAUGCAAGGAGUUUGCAAAGGUGGAAAAGAGACAUGGCAAGUCCUCUCACGAGGUGAUCAUGGGCUUGGAACAGUCUCGGGAUUAACCGGAGAGAUUAUGAUAAUUGAUGGCGACGCAUAUCAAUUCUCUUCUGAACAAACGCGAAAGCUUGAAGACUCCGAUGCGCUCCCUUUUGCUAUGACAACUUAUUUUCGACCAGUUUGGGAAACCUUUGUACCGCAUGUCACUUCCGAUUCACUUUCCCGUCGGCUCAUCGAGUUUCUUUCGCCGAGGCAAAACUGCUUCGUGUCUAUCCGACUUGAUGGCUUCUUCGAGCACAUUACUUUCCGCAUCAUUGCUGCACAGGAAAAAGACCAUGAAACGCCACUUGAGCUCAUCCAGCGCCAGAAGAUGAGUGACCACGUCGGAAUUCGAGGAACGAUAUUUGGCUUCCGCACGCCAAGAUUUGCCAGUGCUUUUAGUCCUGCUGGCUAUCAUUUGCACUUCAUUUCAGAAGACCGGACAUUGGGAGGACAUGUGCUGAACUUUCAUGCGUCCUCGGCAACAAUUUCAGCAUCUGCGAUAGAUGAAUACAAUGUUGAAUUGCCACAAUCUCCGGGGUUUAACGGAUUUCCGAUCGACCCUCCGAAGGAGGAAGAAGUCAAGACCGUCGAGGGGACAUUGUAA